CUGCUGAAAAGCAACGGAAGGAAGCCAACGAGCGCGUAUCCCGACCCCAGCGAAUUAAUUCAAUAAACCUAUUUAUCUGGGACGGGCAAGCACCAGCGUCUGGGAAUAGACGCACACAUUUCGCAUAGAAUGCGAAAAACUUUGACAGCCAACGGGGCGCACUGCAAUCAGAAUCAGAGGCCAGCAACGUGGAGAACACUUGGAGACAAUGCUCCGCCGAUGGUUCCGCAAACGAGUCCCCAAUGCCGGCAGACGCCGAGCAAUGAGCGCACAAAAGCUCUAAGUGUCAUCGCUGCAAGCAACCGUGCCAGUGGGACUGCCAGGACGAGCAGCCGCGGCAGCAGGACCAGCACAAGGAAGCUAACAACUGCAAAGAUGACAGUCUUAGACUCAGACGAAGAUGCUGGACAGCGGCGCCAAUUUGUACGCACGAGCAAGACGUUGAGUUGGCAACGCAUUUGGCUGACGGCUCAGCUCCCUAUGCUCCUGGCUGCCCUCAACUUGGGGACAUACCUUGUCACCUGCAGCUCAGCCUACGAGCAGCCGAGGAUUGCCGCAGUGCCCCAGCUAACGACUUACCCGAGAUCCACUUGGCCAGAUAGCCCAAUGACAACACAAAACGAUCUAAUUACGACAGACCCAAACUCAACAGCAUUACUGACAGCGAAAAAGCCAACCACAACAACAACACCGACCACAACAAGAACUACAACUGGCUACUGGAGCACGACCCUGGCAAUGUCAUCAACAGCACCAACGAUAACAAGGAAUGCGACUGGGAGGCUGCCAAGAGGAGCUGUAGCUGUAGCAGCAACUAAGUCCGCACAAAUUGGGCUAACUACGCAGCCCGCAACGACGGCCGAAAUACAAACAACAACCGAUUCGACAACGACAACGACAACGACAACGACAAUGUCAGCGAUGGCGACGGCGAUGCCAACGCUGUUCAUAUCAACAAUUUAUCCGACAUCAACAACAGAGCUCGCGACGGCUGUGCCAAGCUUGACGGAAACGGAAGCCCGCAACUCCAUUGAAACAGCAACGUCACGGCCAACGGAGAAGGAUGGGGAUGAGGAUGUGGAGGCGGAGGCGGAGGCAGAGGCGGAGGCUGAGGAAAAUGUGGUGUUGCAGCAUCCUCAUCCGGCCAACGCUGAAUCACUGACUAAAGGUUUCUCCAUACCCACAUUUUUGCCGCCGUUUCCCGUGUUCGCGGCCGCAGAUUUGCCAGCUUACCGAGCUGCUGCCGCCGCCGCUGCUGCAGCUGAAGCAGCAGCCGCCGCGGCCGCCGCAGCAGCAGCAUCCACAGCUGCAGCGGAGACUGUAACAUUGUCACCAGAGCAGCAGCGGCAACAAAUGUUUAAUGAGCAGCAUUCGUAUCUGGCCUCCCACAACGGGCAACUGCUGCCAGGCCAGCAGCCGCGCAGAAAUCUGACAAUGCCCGUGCUAAACAUCACGGCUCAAAUGGGAAAUCACGCGUACAUGCCAUGUCAGAUCCAUCGCCUAUCGGAGAAGCCCGUGUCGUGGGUGCGCUUACUGGAUGGUCACAUAAUCAGCGUGGAUGAGACCACGUUCAUAGCAGACGAGCGUUUCCAGUCGAUAUACCAGGAGGACAAUGACUACACCUGGUCGCUGCAGAUCAAGUAUGUGGCUGCCAGCGAUGCCGGCUGGUACGAGUGUCAAAUGGCCACCGAGCCCAAGCUGAGCGCUAAGGUCUAUCUGGAAGUGAUCACACCCAAGACUGAGUUGAUUGGCGAUCAGAGUCGCUUCGUCAAGGCGGGCAGCAAGGUAGCCCUGCACUGCAUCGUGCGUGGCACUCUCGAUCCACCCAAGUAUAUCAUCUGGUUUCGCGGACAGAAGAAGAUAAGCGAGAGCGACGAGCGCACGGGCUGGUAUACGCAAAUAGAUCGCAACAUAUUCGGUACAGUCGGGGACAAUCAGAAUACGAUCGGCUCAUUAAUUAUACCGUUUGUGCGUAAAGAGGACUCCGGCAACUAUACGUGCCAGCCAUCGAACAGCGUGUCCGUCUCUGUUGACCUGCACGUCCUCAGCGGUGAAUACUCCGCAUCGGCUAUCAUGUCCGGCGCAGCUGAGCGCAGCACGUUCCGAUUGCUGUUGGCGUCGCCGCUGCUGUUGCUGUUCGUGGAUGCGCUGAAGGUCCUGCCAGGACUAGGCAGGCGUCAGGGGACGUGACUUGUAACGUGACUCGUUUAUUGAACAGCCAGGCCGGACUUCAAUUAUUUGUAAGCUUUUGCGCGCUCUGCAGUUAUGUAAUUU